UAAAAGCUGCUCUGUCGUACAAAUGUGAGUUAUUCACGUGUCAAAGCGCACACGUCGACGCAGUUCGGGUGCCAAGCGUGAGCCUGUACACACCUGUUUGUUGUUCGGAGGUUUUUACAUAUUGAAGUGGUAAACGAGUGACAAGAGUAGCAUUUCAAUCGACGACCACCUUCUUCCCAACUUUCUUCGAGUACAAACAACGAACGAGAAGCUGUCGAAAUGGCACCUAAACAGAGAAUGCGCAUCGCCAACGAAAAAGCCACGAAAAACAUCAUGCUUCGUGGAAACGUACCUAAAUCGUCGAAACCUCAAGAUGAAGGAUCUCCAGUGGGGCCUUGUCUCCUAGCACUCUUCCUUUUUGUUGUAUGUGGUUCUGCUGUAUUUCAAAUAAUUCAGAGCAUUAGAAUGGCUUAAGAAAAAUGAUGAGCACCAAGUUAAGAAAAUGUUGAUGUUACUGUUAAUAUGGAAAACUGUCUGCAAUGUACUGGUAUACAAGCGAGAUUAACAGACUGUUUCAUUGCGUAUUUGUAAAAAUGUAGGCACUGCAAUGCUGUUGAUACGAACUGAAUUCUGAGUCUCGCUAAAUAAUCUUUUCUGUUUGCUACAACUCAAUGAAUUUAUUUAUGAAAAUUUAGCAUUUAUAAACAUUUUUACUUAAUCAAAUCGUGUAUCAACAGUAUCGAUGAAAGAAGAUUGCAUUUAAUGCAUUUUGUUUAGGAAUUUUCAAACAGUUGAACACAACUUUUCACUGAUUUUUAUUUUGACAGUUCGCAUAGGGAUUUACACGUACAUUUCCAUAAGAAAUGUGAAUUCUUCCAUCGAUACAUAGAUAGUAAAUAAUUGUAUAUACAUAUAACCGAUUUCGCGUAUCAUUUUAUUAAUCAAAGCAUUCCACUGUAAGCAGUUGGUAGCUUUUGGUUGCUAUGUAUCUUAGAGGCCUUAAGAACACGAUAGGUCCUUAUAUACAUGUAAAAAUAUAUAUUAUACAUAAUGUCAAUGUAAUUUAUCCUAAUGAAAUAUUUGCUACUGACAAUUCAUUGUCUCUUUUAAUAAAUUAUAUUAUGAGUAAUUAAUAA